UCUUCUCUGAGGGGGCGGGAGCAGAAAAUGGUAGCCUGCUACUUCUUGGAGGGUCAGUGGAGGCGAACACGAUAGGGAAGGAGCGCGGAGGGCCUAGAGUGCCUCUCGCUGCCCUGUGCUGCGGAGGAAUGCAGGUCUCUUCGAAAGGAGCUGCAUAUAACAGUGUCUUCAAUAUGCUGUUGUCAUCAAUCAGAAUGCAGAGAUCGUUUCAGCUGGCAUACAGCACAUAUUUGAUACCUCAUCGCACCUGUAUAUUUCAGCGCUUGAAAGGACAACCUUCCUUGCUUAAUUCUAGACUCAAAAUAGUAUCCUUGGCUCUGCGCUCCCAACGCCAGUGUCUGCAUGCAUCUGCAACCAUUUGUGUUUCCCAGGAAAAGGAAUCUUUAGGGAAAGUAUCAUCCCAGCCAGAACACGCUCAUCCUAAAGAACUAAAAAAUGAAAGACAUACCAUACCAACAGCUAACUUAACCCAGGGAGUCCCUAUAGAAUCAAGUCCCAUAGAGCUUGAUCCUUUACAAGACAAGUCUAUUAGUCUGGUGCAGAGAUUCAAGAGAACUUUUAAACAGUACGGAAAAGUUCUGAUUCCGGUGCAUCUUUUGACUUCCAGCAUAUGGUUUGGAGCCUUUUAUUAUGCAGCUUUAAAAGGAGUAAAUGUUGUCCCUUUCCUCGAAUUCAUAGGACUGCCUGAAGGCAUUGUAAAUAUACUAAAGCAUUCUCAGAGUGGAAAUGCAUUAACUGCAUAUGCAAUGUACAAGAUUGCAACUCCAGCCAGAUACACAGUGACCUUAGGUGGAACGUCCAUCACUGUGAAGUACCUGCGUAAGCACGGCUACAUGUCCACACCACCUCCAGUCAAGGAAUACAUUCAGGACCGAAUGGAAGAAACAAAAGAGCGUCUUUCAGGGAAGAUGGAAGAAACCAGAGACAUGAUAAGUGAGAAAAUGGAAGAAACAAAGGAACGGUUAACUGGGAAAAUGGAAGAAACAAAGGAGAGAAUAACAGAAAAGAUACAGGAAACCAAAGAAAAAGUUUCAUUUAUAAAAAAGAAAGAAUAGGAUCGGAGGGAUGGUAGACAAAAGAACUGAUGCAUUUUAAACCCUUGGCAGACUUGGAAUAUAUACUAUUGCUGCUUCUGUUUCUGCUUUGUUAAUUAUUUUGAUUGACUAGAAAGUGCCAGUUAUGUAUAAACUCAAGACUAUUAUUUAAUGCUUACAUCCACCUCCAGAAAUUACUAAAUAGUUCCUUUGGAUUGAAAAUUGAAAAUACAACAUCAGUGGACUUCUUCACAGCCAGGUGUUCUUGGGUCUGCUUAGUUGAUGGCCGUCAACACUGGAUCCCUAGGGAGACAUUUUAAAAAGUUAUCUAAACACCCUUUCUUGCCGUCAUGAUCCACCAGAUCAAAGACAAACAAACAGAAUGGUUGGGGCAUGUGAAUAAUGUAGUUUUUGUAGAUGGUAUCAGUGUUCUGAAUUAAUCUUAACACUGUAGCAAAAUCAGGAAACUAUAAGAAAUAUAUUCCUCUAUGCUGCUUUUUAUUAUUAAAGGUUGACUUAAAAUGGAGUGUUAGAAUGAGCAAAACUGUACUGCUCUUAAUUACGUAUUUAUAAUGUAGAAUGGGUAUUGAUUCUUCCAAGAUUUGCCUGAAAUGAAUGUUGAAUUUCAUACCAAUGAUAAAAGUUUUUGAAAGGAAAUAGACUAUUGUAUGCUUAUAGAAUAUAUGUUUACAAUUCUAUAGCACAAAGGGUAAAUGCUGCUACCCUUUACAUGGAAGAAUCCUAUAUUUCUACUAGAGAGUAAACAAGCUUUGCUAUACUGUUAUGUGCUUUAGUUCAAUGUAGACAAAGCAAAAAGGAUCUUGAUGUUGGUUGUUAGUAGUCCCUGACCAGACCAGCACCUAUCAAUUUAAAUUUGCUGUGACAAAAAAUGCCUGCAGUAAAGUAAUGGUAGGAACACUAUACCAAAGGAAGAGAAUAAACACCAGUCUAUCAACACAGCCUAGUGUUCAUGUAUCAGUGUUUUAUUGCAGUCAUAGAAAGGCCAUCUUAUAAUUCAGCUAGUUAAAACCUGCAUGGGAAAAGUAGAAAGCAUAGUAUUAGUCAUCUUCCUGAUUUGCUUCUGUCACUCUAUUCAAGUUACAUCACCUCUGCCACUGCAGUUCAUUUCAUAAAGAUUUUCUUUCAGAGACUGGACGAAAGUUUUUAGUAUGUUGAUGGGGAUACAGGAUUGGAAUGCAAGUCCAGUGUUUAAAAUGUGCCCUCCCAGCUCUUAGCAAAACUUGCUUAGGAAAAUAUGUGGCUUGUUUUCUUUGUGGUAAAGUCCAGUACAAAAAUAGUUUCCAUCAAGCCAUCCUAUCAAACAGUACUGUUGAGAGCUUGAAAUGAGAGCUGUGCACAAUAUUAUAGUAUAACUGAACAUUAACUUUCAGUCUGCAGUUCUUUAAAGGUUUUAGAAUGCCAAUGGCCCCUGUGUAGACAUCUUACAAGUAGGUACAUUUUUUUACCAGAGUAUGCUUCCUGUGGUGGCAGAGACCUUGCUCUCUUUUGCAUGUGCAAUCUUAUUGUUGCUGAACCUGUGUGUCCCUGAUUGUGUGUUUUGACCUUCAGGGCUAUAAUCUUACACUGGUGGUGGUGCUUCAUCUCCGGCUUCACAUCCUUAUAUUGCUGCAUUACUAAUAAGUCCUCACAGAGUACCUAAUUAGUCUAUAUGAAGUACACUCUUUCUAGGGUAGCUUGUUCAUGUAUGAUCCUGGAAUGGGGUAAGGAAGCCUUAUCACUCAUUCUAUAAUGAUGUGGGCUAAAAGAUGUAAAAUGGUUAUUUGUAUCUCUCCAGUGUCAAGCUCUUGUGUUUUAUUUAAGAGAUUUACUAGAUGAGAUAGAAGAAAACCUGUUUCUUUUCUCUCCUUCAUCUUGAUGUAUGAAAGGAUGUGGGAGAAAAAGACCGUAGUCCUGCUUGAUUAGAGACAAAUUUGACACCAGAAUCUGCUGCCACUUUCAAGGAGCUUUGCUGGCUGAGCUAGUCUGGUGUCUUUCCUGGUUGAUGGAGAGAACAAGAAUUUUGGUCCUUUUGUUCCUCUUCAUACGCAUUUUACAGAUGAAGGUAGGAAUCACAAUAUGAAAAUCAAUCUGACUAUAUAUAUUAAAAAUCAUUACUUGACUUCCUCUUUAAAAAACCCUAAUUUUUAUUUUAUUAGGGCCUUGAUCCCUUUAUUCAAUUAGUUAGCUAGAUAAACAUCCUUGGAGAUGACAUGCUGUGCUGUUGUCAUGCAUGAAAGGGAAAAUGAGAUGAUGGGCUCCUGGUACAUUUUGGGACAUGCCACUGGCUUUAUAGGCAACCUGAAAAAAUACAGAAAAAUAAGAGGACUGGGUUGGGGAGUUCAGCCUUGCUUUUUCUUUUUUUAAAGCCUUAGUGACACCAUUGUUAAUUUUUACAACUGAUCCAAAGUUGUUUAAUAUUAAAGUACUGACAAGUACUCUUGGACCUUUUGUUUUCUCAAAAGGAGCACAGGAGAGUUACCUUGCCAAACAAUAAUUGUCCAAGUGUUCUCUUUCCACAGGGUUUAUUUUAGCUGUUAUUUUACUUAUACAUAAAAGUUAACCAACAGUGUAGAAUUGUCCUGAUAUGGGGGCAGGGGAGUGGUGUGUGGAUUGCAGCUAAGGAGGCAAUAAAAGCAUUGCAGCAGCUUCCUCUGUUUUUCCUCCGUACGUACAAGCUAGUUUCACAAAAAGUAUUUAUUUAAGGUGCUACAGUUUGUUGACCUCAUUGUUCAGCUGGCAAUGACGAGUUUAAAAUGAUAGUUGAUAAUGGGGGAGCUGGUAAUAGGGGAAGUGUGUCAAACUGAAAAUUGGGAGCAGUCCUUCAUGUGCUAUUGCAACUGCACAAUAUUCAUUUCAGAGGGAUCUUCCCUGGAGCCCUCUACAGCCAUGUUGAAUGAAUGGCAGCACUGAACAGAAAUAUUGGGUGGGUCAAUGUGCUAUUUCAACCACUGUCAUUCCUAAGUCAUUUGCUUUUUCCUAUCCCCUGAAACACGAGUUCGGUGGAAUUAAUGUUGCAAACACCAUAAUUUGGAUUAAAGUACUCAUGCCACAUCAUUAUCAUCAGGGUUUUUUUAUAGCAACAGCUAAGGAGGGUCUGUUAGCAGUAUACUGAAGGAAUAAAAGGAACUUAAAGCUUAAUAACAAGUUUCUACAAAUAUAUAUAUGCAAAUUAUAUAUUUGGAAUUAUUGUACUUGACAAAAUUGAAAGCACUGUGUAAAUUUUAAAGCAAUUGUGUAACCUCCCAAAUCAUUUUUACCUUAACUGUUUCAUAUCCCUGUUGUGGCAGUAAUUGUACUGAGACUUUUGUUGGAUAUUACUGCAACUGUGCCCAAAGCAUAAACAUUACUGUUCUGAAAAUGUGUAUCUGUGUAAUAAAUAAGAUACUGCACCAGACCCAUUGCACAAGUAUUCCACCAUAUUUCUGCUUUCUUGUUAAAUAUCAGUUCCUUAUUUUCUUUAUCCUUGUUUCCCCCUGCCCCUCUAGCCAUGAAAAACAAGCGAUGGUUGAGACAGCCAUUAUGACACUAAGGGUCUCUGUGAGCACUUGGCCAGAGUGGCUUCUCUGCCCUUGUACUCUCUGAGGUGCAAGAAUGGAGUUUGGACUAUAUAGAUCAUUUGGGAAAGAAGCUACUGGAUAGGGAAUCCUGCUUUGUGGCAAAGCCCAGAUGUUGAUGGCCUUUGGCUUUCUUUAGCUCUGUGUUAUUAAUGUUAACAUAAAGGUACAAAUUAGUAACAAUAUUUCUCCAGAUUAACCUCAACAGAUUUUUUAAAAUAUGGAUUAUACUGCUUCCUUUUAAAACAAAAAUGAUCCUUUACAAAGAGCUUUUUUGAUCAUGUGAUGUACUUUUUCUGUUGUUGAUUAUUACAUUGUUGAUGUGACUAGAGCUGGGGUUUUUCUCCCCUUGUGGAUGUUUGAAACAAGGGCAUCCACUGAUGGGCUGGAUCCUGUAGGCUUUUUGACUGGUGCAAGGAGGAGCAGCACCUUUCUGAUUCUUGAAAAGGUUAUGACAAAAAUUGUGGAACCCAAAGCUAUGGAGAAUAGGGCUGCAAUGAGGAUGGAAAUAAGACAAGAUCAAACCUCGUUGUGCCAGCAGAAAAAGCCGAUGGAAUCUAAUCCAAUGAAAUGUUCCACAAAGGAAAAGAUCAUACAUGAUUCUAGAAUUUGAGUUCAAAAGUUGUCAAGACCAUUUUGGAGUCCAAACAGAAUUCCCUAACAAAUACGAAAUCCAUCUGUACUCCUUCACCUUAAUUAAGGCACAGCAAGCAGCUGGAGCCACUAGCCAGAAUCCUUUGGUGGCACUAAGACUUUGGCAUUGUUUCUGGAACAAAUACCAAUGCACUUGCUAUAAACAAACAAGCAGCUUGGUAACAAAGGGAUCAUUUCAGACUUCCAAUGGGUCCAGUUUCUUAAUUUGACAAUUUUUUAACAAGAAUAUUCUCGAGGAAUUGUACAUUUCAAUCAAUUCAUUACAUACAAGGACUUCUAUUGUAUAUUUUUGUUCUUUGCACCAGUGUCCAAAGAAUUCACAUUUCAGAAGCAACUUGCAUACAAUGAUCUAAUAAAAUAUAUUACUUUAUA